UCGCGGGGCGCGGCGGGGGUGGCAGGGGCGUCGGCGCCCGCGGCGGGGAGCCCGGCCCCGGACGCGGUCCCGCUCCGGGAGCCAGGCUGCCCGCGGCGCCUCCCGGGUCUCGGCGCCGCCGUGCCUCCGCGUCCGCGGGCGGGAGGGGCCGGGGCGGCCCCGGGCGUGACGCAGCCGUUGCCAUGGGUCGCCUUAUAAAUAACCGGGCUCAGGAGAAACUUUAGCGAGUCAGAGCCGCGCACGGGACCGGGAAGGGGACCCACCCGAGGGGUCCAGCCGCCAGCCUACGCACUGACAGCGGCCACCCGGCAGCGGCAGCGACACAGCGGCGACAGCUCGGAGCGGGAGGCCGCGCCACCUGCGGGCCGGCCGGAGCGGGCAGCCCCAGGCCCCUCCCCGGGCACCCGCGUUCAUGCAACGCCUGGUGGCCUGGGACCCAGCAUGUCUGCCCCUGCCGCCGCCGCCAGCCUUUAAAUCCAUGGAAGUGGCUAACUUCUACUACGAGGCGGACUGCUUGGCUGCUGCGUACGGCGGCAAGGCGCCCCCCGCGGCCAGAGCCGGGCCGCGCCCCCCCGCCGCCGAGCUGGGUAGCAUCGGCGACCACGAGCGCGCCAUCGACUUCAGCCCGUACCUGGAGCCGCUGGGCGCGCCGCAGGCCCCGGCGCCGGCCCCGGCCGCGGACACCUUCGAGGCGGCUCCGCCCGCGCCCGCCCCCGCGCCCGCCUCCUCCGGGCAGCACCACGACUUCCUCUCCGACCUCUUCUCCGACGACUACGGGGGCAAGAACUGCAAGAAGGCGGCCGAGUACGGCUACGUGAGCCUGGGGCGCCUGGGGGCCGCCAAGGGCGCGCUGCACCCCGGCUGCUUCGCGCCCCUGCACCCGCCGCCGCCGCCGCCGCCGCCGCCGCCGCCCGCCGAGCUCAAGGCGGAGCCGGGCUUCGAGCCCGCGGACUGCAAGCGGAAGGAGGAGGCCGGAGCGCCGGGCGGCGGCGCCGCAGGCAUGGCGGCCGGCUUCCCGUACGCGCUGCGCGCCUACCUCGGCUACCAGGCGGUGCCGAGCGGCAGCAGCGGGAGCCUGUCCACGUCCUCGUCGUCCAGCCCGCCCGGCACGCCGAGCCCCGCCGACGCCAAGGCGCCCCCGGCCGCCUGCUACGCGGGGGCCGCGCCCGCGCCCGCGCAGGGCAAGAGCAAGGCCAAGAAGACCGUGGACAAGCACAGCGACGAGUACAAGAUCCGGCGCGAGCGCAACAACAUCGCCGUGCGCAAGAGCCGCGACAAGGCCAAGAUGCGCAACCUGGAGACGCAGCACAAGGUCCUGGAGCUCACGGCCGAGAACGAGCGGCUGCAGAAGAAGGUGGAGCAGCUGUCGCGCGAGCUCAGCACGCUGCGGAACUUGUUCAAGCAGCUGCCCGAGCCCCUGCUCGCCGCCUCCGGCCACUGCUAGCGCGGCCCCCGCGCGCCCCUGCCCGCCGCCUCCGCGCCGCGGACUCCGGGGAGCGCCGCCCGCCCCGGUGGCGCCGGCAGAACUUGGGCACCGGGGCACUCGGCAGCGCGGGGAGCCGUCGGUAAUUUUAAUAUUUUAUUAUAUAUAUAUAUAUAUCUAUAUUUUUGUCCACACCAGCCGCACUUGCAGAUGGGGCGCCCGCCCGUGGUGUUAUUUAAGGAAGAAACGUCUGUGUGUACAGAUGAAUGAUACACUCUCCGCCUCCCCUCUGCCCUCGCCGGGCGCCGGCGGGCGGGCCGGUUUCGAAGUUGAUGCAAUCGGUUUGAACAUGGCUGAACGCGUGUGUACACGGGACUGACGCAACCCACGUGUAACUGUCAGCCGGGCCUGAGUAAUCGCUUAAAGAUGUUCCUACGGGGUUGUUGCUGUUGCUGUUUUUUUUUUUUUGUCUUUUUUUUUUUUUUUGUAUUAUAAAAAAAAUCUAUUUCUAUGAGUAAAGAGGCGUCUGUAUAUUUUGGGAAUCUUUUCCGUUUCAAGCAUUAAGUAAGAACACUUUUAAUAAACUUUUUUUUUGAGAAUGGUUAAAAAGCC